UUCGGUCGACCAAUAUAUGUUGUCGGCCAUUAUAUUAAAUUAAUAAUAUUUAAUAAUGCACCCAAGCUAGCUGGCGGUUGGGACAUGAUCAGUAUCACACUCACCUGCUCCUUUUAGUUCUGACUGAGGCGCUCUAUUAGAAUUUGUUGUUGUUUCUUCUUCUUUGUGUGUAUCUUCUCAAGGAUGACUGCUAAUACCCCCAGCCCUCUUCAGCAUCCCUUCCAUGAACAUGCCCUGGUCCUGCAAGAGCUGAGCGAAAAUUUCAGCUUGGAAUGCUAUAUCUGUAGUUUCUCCGUGCAAGCAGUCCGGCCUACCAUUGCAUAGAGUACUGCGAGUUCUUCCUCCACAAGUCGUGCGCUGAGUUGCCUCCUGAGAUUCAACAUCCCUCUCAUCCACAGCACCCGCUGGCGAUUAUAUCCUCAAGAGAGUAUAGUUCCUGUAGCGGGUGUGAAAACCCUAUAUCUCAUGAAUAUAGUUAUAAAUGUCGUCUCUGCUUCGGAGUAGACCUGCACAUGGGAUGUGCAGCUGCAACUCUCCCUCCUCCUGAAGCAGAGCACAAGGACGAGCAAGAGCACGAGGAGGAGAUAAUUCAGCACUUUGCUCACGAGCAUCCUCUUGCAUCCUUCCACGUGAAUGCAACAAAUUGGAUUUGUUGCGAGGCAUGCAAUUGGCAGAUCUCUGGUCGCGUUUAUGGUUGCCGUGCCUGCAUAUUCGUUCUACAUGAAUCAUGCGCUCUGGCACCCCGAGAGAUAAUGAAUCAUCCUUUCCAUCCACAGCACCCGCUCACCUUGCUUUUUGAUGGCAAGAAUGUAUUGUUGAAUGACAGUAGGUUUGGAUACGACUGUAAUGAAUGUGGUUUCAUUCUCGAUGUGAAUUGUGCUGUUUCCAUUAUGCAUCCUCCUCCUCGAAAUGAUCAGAGUCGUAGCACAGACGAUAGGCGAGAUCAGAUCCAUCAUUUUUCCCACCCCCACCAACUGACAUUUCUUCAUGCUAAAGCUAAGCUUCUUGCGACCUGUGAUGUUUGCGAGGAAGGGAUAUCGGGUGAUUUUUACUGUUGCCCUGACUGCCUUUUCUUGCUCCACCCAUUGUGUGCCAAGUUGAGACAAGAGAUUGUGCACCCUCUUCAUCCGGACCACCCUCUCAUUUGCCGACCAAGUCAUCUUAAGUGCUCUCUCUGCUCUAAUGAUAUUAAACAUGAUGGCUUUGGAUUCGAGUGUGAAGAAUGUCCCUUUGGCCUUGAUGUGGGAUGUGCUCUCCUAACUCUCUCUGCUACGAAAGAGGAACUAACUCUUAACAGUGAGCUUCUCCAUAAACACCCCAUGAGGAUUCAGUUUCUAACUGAGGAACAUGAUUGUGAAUCAGGCGGUAUUGUCUGCUGCGAGUGCCCUGCUGAAGGUCUAGUUUACGUCUGUACAGAUGAUGAUUGCGACAUGAUGAUCCAUAAAACAUGUGCUGAGUUACCACGUGAAUCAGAACACCCUGUUCACCCACAGCAUCCUCUCCUCCUUUCUAAUGAGCCACCCGACAAGUCCAAUCCUUGCUUUGCAUGUCUGGAAAGCUCUCGGAGAUUCACCUAUUGCUGUGAUUAUUGUAAGAUCCAGUUCCAUGCACAUUGUGCUAUGAGAAGGCCAACUCUAAAACAUCCGCGUCACGAGCACAGCCUAUCCUAUUUCGAUAAGAUAGGCCGCGAACUCUACCGGGCACAGUGCAAUGUGUGUUACGAUUACUGCAGGAUUGACUUCUACCGCUGUGUUCCGUGCAACUAUAAUCUUCACUUCAGUUGCUUGCCUCUGCCCCCUUCUGCUAAACACGAAUUCCACUUCCAUCAGCUGGUGCUCCGUGAUAGAGUUGUUGAUGAACAUUAUGAUUAUGAGGAGCAAUUCUGCGACGUGUGUGAGACACUCAGGAACCCAGAACUUGGUGUCUAUUAUUGCGAGGAUUGUAAUUAUGCUGCUGAUAUUGACUGCGUCAUCCCCAAGGCAAAUCUCGAGAAAAGGAGACAAAUGGAAGACACUAUGCUCAAGCAACUGGAUGAACAAAUUGCCAGUAAAGAAGCGGGGGCAGAGACAUUGAAGAUAAAAAUGGAAAUGGCACAGAAAGAAUGGGAUCUCAUGCAUCCAAAUGGUCAAAAUACAUUUUAUUCAUUAUGUGCGUCUGUGAGCAUAGAUCUUAUUCUUCGCUUGUCAUUCUGAUUAUGAUCUAAAAUUACUUCUUAAGGACCAGAUUACUGAUUGUUGAAGUGUUCAAGUACUUCC